AUGGCUGCUUCUGCCCAGCUGACAAACACUACAAGCGAGCGCAAUGUGGAUACCCAGUCUGUUGCCUCCAUGAGCGACUAUGGCUCCGACAUUGGCUUCGACGACCUCGACGAGGACAGUCUGCUCGCAGACGUUCUAAGCACACUGAAAGAGAGCCGACCGACUGAAAAAAGUGCGGCGCUGCCGAGCAUCGAAUUCGAAGAGGGAGAGCUUGAGGACGAGGAGCAAGAUGCCGACGGCUUCGUGCAGGUCCAUCGCCCCACCGUGCUGCGCGUGGCAAAGGGCAAGGCCAACGUCCGCUUCGACGUGCCUCUGGACAUUCGGAGCUCGCCAGUCCGGGAGCGAGAAGCGCUGGAAGUCGAGUACGACCCAAGAUCACGGCGCGCAUGGAGUGUACCACUAGAGGAGCCGUCCUCGCCUUCUAAAAUAUUCCACUACAACUCCAAAUCCGCCUCUAGAACCAGAGAUUCUCUUUCCACCGAUACCCAAGGCACCAAGGAGCCCGACACUCGUGCGCCGCUCGAGCGCUUCCGCACAAAGCCCAAAAAGUGUCUGUCGGUAACAGACCUCGUGUCGCCAGCAUGGUGCGAAUUACAGUACUUUUACACUCUCAGCAAGUUUGGACGGAAGCCCCGCACGCAGGCCAUGCGCACCGGGUCGAAAAUACACCAGAAGCUCGAAGACGAGGUACAUAGCACAGUGCCUGUGCAAGUCCACACUAAGGAAGACCGCUUUGGUCUGCGCAUCUGGAAUGCCAUAUCUGGUCUGCGUUGUCUUCGCGAAACAGGCCUGACGCGCGAGCUGGAAGUCUGGGGUAUCCUGCAAGGCCAAGUCGUAAAUGGCGUGAUUGACGAGCUGAGCUACCAGUGUCCCGAUCCCGACUUUGAAGAGCAGCUGGAGAGAGCAGGCGCGGAGCAGCGCGGCGGCAUCGUGCCUCUACCACCCGGCCAAAUGUCCAUAACGGAAGCAUUUGCAAACUCCUCACAGCCUUCUGAACGCGACGAUACAUGGAUGCCAGAUUCGAUUUCCGAUCGUCAAAUCUACCUCGCAGACGUAAAGACGCGAUCUGUCCGCUCCCUCCCCACAGGCGCCUCCCUACGCCCCACAAAGAUGCAACUCAUGCUCUACCGCAAACUCCUCGAAUCCCUCUCCCUCAACACCGUGGACGCGGAAACCGUCUUCGCACGGUACGACGUACAACCCCUGCUCCCCUUCUCCCCAACCUUCCUCGACGCCAUCCAAGACAUUGGCCCAGACGCCCAAGCCCCAAACUACCCAAACCUUCUCUCCCUCUGGUCCCUCCUCGUCACCGAAACCCAGACCACCGUGCCGCCAACCAAUCUCUCCCCGAUCCUCCGUGCGGAAUUUCGCUACGCAAACACGGGCGAGGUCAUUGGCUCCGAGCUCACCGUGUACACGACCGAGGUUAUCGAUCGCUAUGUCGAUGAGGAAAUGGCUUGGUGGAAGGGAUACCGCGAGGCAAAGGGUGUAGAGGUCGAGGAGGCGUUUAAAUGUCGCAUGUGCGACUUCUCGGACGAGUGUACCUGGAGGCGGACCAAGGUUGAGGAGGCGACGGAGAAGGCGAGGUUGAGGCGGAUGGCGAGGGAGAGGAGUGCGGUUUGA